AUGCCGCUCAAUAUGGUCAUUCAGGAAGCGUCUUGUAUUAGUAUCUUGGAGAAAGUGAAUCAGCACGGACAUUGUAGCAGAGUCGGUCAUGCCUGCCAGAAAAAUUUGCGCAGUUUUCAGCUCGCUGCUUCUUCUUUGGGUCGCGUGGGCAGACGGAGACAUGCGGGGUAGAUGCGUGUGUCCGAACAAAGUUGACGCGGUGCAUCCGAAGCGCGUCGCCGAUAUCACAGUGCUACAGAAGGAUGCGUUCUGCGGCGAGACUCAGAUAAUACUCACUCUGAAGCAGAACGGCGAGGUGUGUCUGAACCCAGACUCAGAACAGGGCCGAAACAUCCAGGAAUGCUGGAGGAGCCAUGACAUGGACCCAGCAAAAACAAAGGCGUGCUUAAGGAAGAAGAAAACAACCCACUAAGCUGACCGCACAAGACAUCACCAUAAUACAGUAUAAUAGCGCAAUACUCCAUGUAGGCUGAUACCCCAGACAUGUUACAGUUGCGCUUUUAAUCUCGCAUAUGAAGGGACCUCAUACAGUGCAUGCGCAUGGUUUUUUUUGUACCUGUAUUUUAUAUUAAAAACAAAGAAGAUAAUUAAAAAAAAAAUAAAUAAAAAAAUCUAAAGCCAAGAUUGUGGGUGUGUUGGCAGUUGCAUGCUUUACGUUCUUUUGCUGUUCAAUUUAACAAUGAUAAGUAAAAGCAUUUAAUAAACACCUCACCAUCUUUUAAACAUGAACCUUUACUCCAAUGAUUGUGCAAACAUACCCAGCCCUUCUUGUUUAAGUAACUGUAUGUAACUUGACGCUGAAAUACGAAUUGCCUCUCUGAGGACAUUAAAGUUUUCUAAUCUAAUCUAAUCUAAUCUAAUCUAAUCUAAUCUAAUCUUAGUCUCAAACCAUUUCAGAAUUAUUGCAGAGCAAAGCCCUGAUGGCAUGCAGGUAGAAAUCCAUUUUCUACUAUUGUUACCAUUCCUCUGUCAGGAUUCUGCCUUUUUCUAUUUCUGUUUUUCCUUUCUGGGCCCCCAGAUGGUGGCAUUUCAGUUUGCUCUCUCUUUAGUUACCCCUGUGUUAAUUGUAUUAUCGUUUUCAAUUAUUCCAUCGUUGUUUUUUCUUUGGGUCUCGUUAUCCCUUCCUUUUUGGGUUUGAUUGUGUAUCGAGUUCUCCCUGUGUCUUGUUAGAGUUGUGGCUAUUUAGGUUCUCUGUUUCCCUGACUCGGGUGCUGGUUCCUUGUGUUUCUGCUUGUGUUUAUGCCUGUGUGUCUGACUGUGUUCAUGCCUGUGUGUUUCCACCUUAGAGUAUCUGCCUGUUUGAAUCUGCCCGUCCGUUUCUACCAGCACUCUGUCUGAGAGUUCUGCCCUGCCCGAGUUCUGUUUUCCUUGUGUGUUUUUUUUUUUUUUUGGUUUUUGAAAAUUCUGCUGUUUUUGUUUCUGAACUUUUUGUGUUUUUGGAAGUGCCCUGUGUGGCCUUGUUUUUGUUCCCUGUUUUCUGUCACCUGCAUUAGAUUAAAGUCUUUGGUUGGAUUUGC